ACGAGGCUUAAUGCGUUUAUUUUACCGUUAAAAAUUAAAUCUUUUAUUGAUCUUCUGCCAGUUAUAUAUUUACAAGUAAACAAUAUUCCAUGUGGCUUGUUUGUUAGUGCGUUGCUAUUGCAGCGACAUAUGUUAAUGUUUAUCGAUGCGAGAAUUUCUCAUCGUCUUCGAAGCAUUCAGUGAACAACAUGGGAGAUUUUGAAUCAGAAAGUAGCAGUAGUGAUGGCGAGAAUGCUGGUGAAGUAAAAAACGUGGCCCGUUUAGUAAUGAGACCUCCUGGCCACAGUGGAAAAGCUAAGAAAGGACAUUUGGUUUUUGAUGCCUCGUUCGAAGGCGGAAAUCUCGGAAGAGUAGACUAUGUAGGGGAACUCGACUAUGACUUGUAUGUCCGUCCUGAUGUAGCAAAUCCAAGACACAGGGUCUGGUUUAAUUUCACCGUUGAGAACGUUCGAGUGGAUCAA